AUGAUGGGGCCCCUGGGAAAUGGGCCUGGCUCGCUACCGGAGUCGCGGAUACCUGCCCUGGGAAGGAGCCGAGAGGCGCGGAGGCCCCGACAUCCAGGCAGCUCCUCGGAGAACGCGACGCAGCCCUUCCUCGCAGCCCGCUCCACUGCGGGUCCAGAACGUUCUCCUCCCAGAGCCCCGCCCAGGCAGGCUCCGAGCAUCUCCGACCAGACACCACCACCCACCACCCGGAGGAUCCGCCACGGCGCCCCGGGGCGCCUUGCGACAGGCCCGGCCCGCCCAGAAGGUUUGCAGGUGACGCUGGCAGCACGGGCGCAGGUGAGGCAGACACGGGAAGUCCACACUGCACCAGUCACGCGUGUGAGCAACCCACCCAGAGCUCAGAGGAAAGACAAGACCAAGGACUCCCGUGAAGAGGCUCUUCAUGAAAAGGUAGAAAGUGAUGCUGCACAUACCUGGGCUUUCUGUCCUGGGGGCGUUUUCUAUUCUUCGCCUUUAAAGUGCCUUGGGAGUGCUUUCCCUGCUGCAGGUGAGCCCUCAGGAAGCGGCGGGUCACUCGUCAAGGUGGGGCUGCUGGAAGAUGUCCCUGGUGGUGGUGUCUCCUGCCAGGUCCUCAAGGGGAAUAGCCACCCAGGCUGGGGUGAGGAUGCAGAGAGGAGGCCCACUCUGAACCAAGCUCCCUCCUCCCCUUCCCUUCACACUGCAUUCCCGAAGUGUCAGAACAGGGGGAAGACUCAGCGUUCUGAGUGAAAAUGCAGUAGAUGGCCAAGUGUUUCCAAGUUUCCUGAUGCUUAGCACUGGCCAGAGUCCCUGUCUGCAGCCUGGACUCGAAGAACCGUGACCUGUCCCUGGCAGAGGCCGUAGCCCGGGGCUGCAGCCCAGCUUGGGACUCGGGUUCCUUAGGAAGUGAAAGGCCUUUCUGCAAACCUCCCUGACUGCCACGACUCGGCCACGGUAGGGCUGGCGCCCCUCGCCCUUUGCACCCAGACUCCAGAUGCAUCCAUCGCUGCCCGCCACGGGGCAGCCUUGAACUGGGCCAUCCCAUCCCUGCCCGAGCCCGCCCACACCUGUGCUACCAGAAUGUUACCUGUCCCCAGUGCUCUCGGCGGAGCGUAGAGAACCGAGAAAGGAGGCUCGGUGUGAAUUAAAAAUGCAAUAUGGAUCUCAAAAGACAUCAAAGUCUCUAUUUCAAUUUUCAAGAACAAAAUGCUUUUCAUGGAACGGCGCUGCAAUUACCUUGCAUUAUAAAUACCCAAGGCCUUUCAGCACCGUUUCCAUCUUCUCGUUUCUCACGCACGAUCUUAGUGCAGAGUGACACCUGCCUCAGUUUUAAUUAAAAGCUCAUAAUGUACAAGCGUAUUCAGAAGGAUAAAGGACACGGAUCCCCUUUGAGGGUAAUUAUGUGCUCGUCGUAGUCCAUUUACUGCACCCCCAAGGCGUGUGGGACUCAGCUCGUGCUCAGUGUGGACUCGCUGGAGCUUUGCCGCCGGUCGCAGGUGUUGAGCGGGUCCAGCGAGGAGCACACUAUCCUGGAUGGUCGAUCAAGAAUAUGAACCACCCACGUACCCAAGACCACUGUGGGCUGAAGGGGUGUCUCUGUGCCCGCUGCUUCAGCCUGGAGGGGCAAUAGGGAAGGAAGUCUUGGAUGGCGUCUCCCAGCCUGCGCACCAGGGCGCCCCUCAGCCCUGGAAUCCCUGGGGUGGCAGCAGCGGUUGGCAGCAUUUUCCCAGUGAAGAAGUUGCCCCUGAGUGGGCAGACAAUUCUUUUUGUUCGUUAAGCUUGUAUUUUCCUCAAAUGUGCCAGGCUCUGUCCUUGGUGCUGAAGGUAUAAAUGAUAGCAAAACAGAUUCACUCCCAUUCUCAAGGGAGCAGCACGAGAGAUCAGCAAUUGUGUGAGGCCCAGAGUGGCUGAGCAAAAUAGACCUGAAUGAGUGAAUAAAUGACCGAAUCUAUGAAAUUGGAAGAUAGUAAAACUGUUUUAACACCAGUGCCAGCUGGCCUCGCUGCAGGCAGGUGGGCACUGCCACUCCCUGCUGUGCGUGUUCACGGGUCCCGUCUUUCUGGAGUGCGAGUGACAGUUUGCAUCGGAACACGGUAAAGGGCCUUUGACUCAGUGAUCCAGUUUCCAGAGUGUGUCCUCAAUGUUUGUCGUGUGCAAAGAUAGCAACCGUAUUUACUACAAGAAAACAUUUGGAAUAGCCUCCAUUUUCAACAAUAUGGGACAGAAUGAAUAAAAACUGAAAUGAUGUGAGAUGCUCUGAUCCCCACAUCGGAUUUACUGUCUGCAGAGCCCGGGGAUCUGUGUAUUAAAGACACCUUGGAUAAGUACGACUUUCAUCAGAGGCAACCAUCAUUGUCAGAGGAGGAUGUUUAAUGACUAAGACAAAAAUCACAUAUUAUUGAACAAAAAUACAGGUUACAAUAAAGUGAGACAAUUUUCAUUUGAAAAACCA